AUGGUACGUGUGGUGAUUGUGGGCGCAGGCCCCUGCGGCCUCGUGGCCCUCAAAGAGAUGGUCGAGAGCGGACACGAGGCGGUCCUGUUUGAGCGGUCGGGACGACUGGGCGGCGUGUUUGCCAGUGCAACGGCAUACCCGAACCUGCACCUCACCAUCAGCAACUGGGCCAUGGCCUUCUCCGACUUCCCCGACCUGGCGAGGCUGCAUUAUUCCACGGCCCAAGAAUACCUAUCCUACCUCGACCAGUAUGCCCGCCACUUCGACCUCGACCGGCAUAUCAGAUACCACGCUGAAGUGCGCAGCGCCACCUUGGGAGAGGACGGGGUGUGGUCGUUGGAGGUCCAGAUUCAAAGUUUGACGGACUCAGAGCAAUUCACUCUGCGUGUGCAGGCCGACGCCCUCAUCGUCGCCACCGGGUCGAAUGGGCUCCCCAAUACACCACCCGCGAGUCUGUCAGGGUUCACAGGCCGCAUGAUCCAUUCGUCGCAGUACGAUGAAGCCUUCAAGCAAGAGGUGGCGGCGAAGAAGAUGAAAGUCUUGGUGGUGGGCGGCGGAGAAAGCGGUGCCGACGUGUCCGCCGAGCUGGGAGAACUGUCGCCUCAUGUCACGGUGUGGCUUCGACGAUCUGUCUGCGUCGGCCCUCGCUACCUCAACAAGAAGGACGAGAUGGAACAGGUGGCCGCAAACAUGACGGUCGAUUUCCCCGCCAACAGCUUCCUCGAGGCCGCCACGACCAACCGCAUGAGCGCCGCACAGAACGUGUUUGCGUACGGCGUCUUCCGCAGGCUGCUCUGGUGCACGCCCGUGCUGAACCGCACCCUCUCACACAUGUCGCUGGCCAGCACCGCGAGUGCCCUUCUACGGAACGACCAAGCCACCUAUGUCACCAAGAACCAGCGCAUGUGCGAGGCGCUGCAAGCCGGCAAGAUUGAGGUGCUGGUGGCGCCGACCGUCUCGACCCGCGGUCGCAGCUGUGAGUUUCACUCUUGUGCUGUUGUCGACGGCACAUCGACGAUGCAGCAGCGCGAGUUCGACGCCGUGGUUCUCUGCACCGGCUUCCGCCUCGAGUUCCCUUGGAUCCGUCUGCCAGGAACCCAGAGCCUGUCGCCCAACCCUCGCGGGUGGUAUCUGCACUGCUUCCCCGAGGGUCUGGGCCACUGUCUCUUCUUCGUGGGCUAUGCUCGACCGCACCAGGGCGGCGUACCCGUCAUGGCCGAGAUGCUGAGUCGAUACAUCGCACAGCUGCUUCGGGGCGAGAGAGACCUGCCGCCCGAUUACGCUGCUCGGGCCCAGCGAGACGCCACCGCCUCGCGCGCGUACUACUCCCUCAGCCCGGAUCUGCACACGCUGGUCGACUACAACGCGUUCCUGGAGAGCGUGGCACGCCGCAUCGGUUGCGAGCCGAGACUGCCCGCGGCCUGCGUGCUGCUGGCCAACCUACACAUGGCGACGGUCCUGCUCAUGGCUGUCCAGCUAUGCUGCCCGACGUCCUCGCCUCCACCACUGCUGCUAUCGUUGCCGCUGCUGCCGCUGGUGAUGAUCUGGGCGGCGUCAACGGCCGGGUUCUUCGUGCUCCACGACGGCCUGCUGAUAAAGUGGUGGUUCUACCCACACUGGGCCGUGUGGUAUCGCCGACGCGGGCCUGGCGCCAAUCCCGCGUUGCUCGACGGCGUCCUGGCUCGCGUGAACCUGUGGAAAUCGACCGCCAUCACUCCCGGCUUUGUGCUGCUCGUCCUCUGGUCCAUCCCGACGUACUAUGCCCAGCGCAUCCUCUCAAUCCCCCUCUUCGCGGUCAAUGCGGUCCUCACUGUCCUCGGGUAUCGCCUCCCUGCCGCGUGGGUUCGUCCGCCUCGUCCAAAGCUCUUUGCCUUGCACGACUGCCCGUGGCGGCUGUCGGAUCUCUACAUGCCAUAA